CCAACCCAUCUCUUUUCCAGGUUUCCCCCCACAUCCCCGCCAUGAUUUACUCCUCAGGAAGAGAAUCCUUCUUCAACCUGAACUCCACCUGGUACGACCCCUCUGGCUCCUGGCUGGACACGCGGCGCACGCCCUUCCGCUACGGUUACUCCACCUGCUGCUCCUCGGGCGGCUCCUCGGGCUGCCACGGCGAGGGUUGCGAGGGCAUGAGGGGCCACGACUACCGGCACUACGGCUACCGACAGCCCCGCUGCGCCGAGCGCUGCCACGGCUACUCCAGCUCGUGCCAUGGAGGGGGGGACGGCUGUGUCAGGAGGCCCACGUACAGCUAUGGGGGCUCAGGGGGGUGCCAGGGUUAUGGGAGGUCUGUGUGUGCUGAGAGGUGCCAGGGCUCCUCGAGUUCAUGCCAUGGAGGAGGGUCCAGCUGUGUCAGGAGACCCACGUACAGCUAUGGGGGUUCAGGAGGGUGCCAGGGUUAUGGGAGGUCUGUGUGUUCCGAGAGGUGCCACGGGACAGUGGUCCAAGGGGGGAAGCCGUGCUGUGGGACCCCCGUGCAGAGCAUCCCAGUUCAGAGCUGUCCCCAACCAGUGCAGAGCAUCCCAGUGCAGAGCUGUCCCCAACCAGUGCAGGUCUGUCCCCGUCCCUGUCCCCCUCCCGUGAAGAGCAUCCCAGUCCAGACCUGUCCUCCACCAGUGCAGGUGUGUCCCUGUCCCUGUCCCCCUCCCGUGAAGAGCAUCCCAGUGAAGAGCUGUCCCCCCCCAGUCCAGACCUGUCCCCCUCCAGUCCAGACCUGUCCUUGUCCAUGUCCCGCUCCAGUCCAGCAGGGCUGUGUUCCCGUGGCCAAGAGCAUCCCCCGCCAGCAGCAGAAGCAAGUCUGCAAAGUGCCAGCCCGGAAGAUCAAAUCGUCUCAGCUCCUCCGCAUCUCAGCUCCUCAGUAUCUCCUCUCAAGCUCCUUCUGGUCCAGGCAAGUGGUGGUGGAUCCAGUAGCCACGCAAACAGUGGCGGAUCCGGUAGCCAUGGGAGCGGUGGUGGAUCCAGUAACCAGGCAAACAGUGGCGGAUCCGGUAGCCACGGGAGCGGUGGUGGAUCCAGUAGCCACGCAAACAGUGGCGGAUCUGUUAGCCACGCAAGCAGUGGCGGAUCUGGUAGCCACGCGAGCACUGGUGGAUCCGGUAGCCAUGGGAGCAGUGGUGGACCCGGCUGUCAUGACAAGGACCAGUGCCACCAGCAGGAACGCUCCUGCUGCCACAGCGGUGGAUCCGGUUGCCACGGGAGCAGUGGUGGAUCCAGUUGCCAAAGGAGCAGCGGAUCUGGUUGCCAUGGGAGCAGUGGUGGAUCCAGUUGUCAUGGUAGCAGUGGCGGGUCUGGUUGCCGUGGAAGCAGUGGCGGAUCUGGUUGCCAUGGAAGCAGUGGAUCUGGUUGCCAUGGAAGCAGCGGAUCUGGUUGCCAUGGAAGCAGUGGCGGGUCUGGUUGCCGUGGAAGCAGUGGUUCUGGUUGCCAUGGCAGCAGCGGAUCUGGUUGCCAUGGGAGCACUCCAUUGCCUCUCAUCCUUCUUCAUCUCUUCCUUCGUGCACGAGCAGCCUCAGGUGACCCAGCGCAGCGCCAUGUGCUCCCGCCAGGACAAGGACCAGUGCCACCGGCAGCAGCGCCAGAGCAGCGGCGGCUGUCACAGUUCCAGCGGUGGUGGCUGUCACAGUUCCGGUGGUGGCGGCUGUCACAGCUCCGGUGGCAGCUCUGGGGGCUGUCACAGCUCCGGUGGUGGUGGCUGUCACAGUUCUGGUGGUGGUGGCUGUCACAGCUCAGGCGGUGGCGGCUGUCACAGCUCUGGUGGCUCCAGCUGCCACGGGAAGCCGCAGAUGCCGGUCCAGCAGCAGCAGCAGCAGCAGGUGCCGCAGAUGCCCCAGCAGAAGAUGAAGUGACAGCGUGGCCAUCGCCUUGUCUCAGCUCUGGCAGCAAAGAUCACAUGGGGACCGGAUCCCUGUCACCUUCCCGGGGGUCCCGAAGUCACCCCGGUGCCCUCCAGAGCCUGGCAAGGACUGGGCUGUGCCCAAUAAAGAGUCACAUUCUCUAAA